AAAUAACGAGGCACGGCGGCGGUGGCAGAGGUGGCGUGAAAAGAAUAGUGCGAGAUAGGGAGGAAGGUGGAGUUAUACGGCACCAUUGAAAAAGCAAAGUGUGUGAAUAAGCAGAGGAGAGGACCGAGAAAGGAGGAAGCCCGAAGCAGCGAUACAAAGCGUCACAGGUCAAAAGAAGAAGAAGAGGAAGAAGCACAAGGUGGCGGACUCCUGGCAAAACAAACAAGACCGAGCAGAAGAAGAAGAAGAGCCUCCCGGGUGUGUGCCUCGCCAUGCUGCCCUCCAGGGAGACCUUCGAGGAGACGCCCCUCACGGGAACCUGCGGCCACAAGUACAAGGUUCUUAAUGUGUACACCAAGAAGGGCACCAAUGUGUUCCCACGCAGACGUCUGUGUGAGGUGGUGUCGGAGGACGGCCAGCGCACCAUCAUCAAGGCCAAAAGCUCGGGUGUGGUCACUCAGGUCUUGGUCAGCGUUGGGGACUUCAUAACAGAUGGGAGUGAGAUUGUGGAGGUGGAAGCAUGUGGACACACAGCACUCAUGGGUAACAUCUGCUGCGACUGUGGAGUUCUGCUGCGAGAAGAGGACUUGCCCAAGACUGAGGCGGUCAGCAUGCUGCAUUCUGUCCCUGAUCUCAAAAUAUCGCGUGGGGAGGCACAAAAGCUGGGUCAAGAGGAUAUCAGGAACCUCUUGAAGCAGCAAAAGCUGGUGUUAUUAGUAGACCUGGACCAGACAUUGAUUCAUACCACCAAUGACCACAUCCCCGCCAACCUCAAGGAUGUGUACCACUUCCAACUUUCUGCUUGUGGCCCAUGGUACCAUGCCCGCCUCAGGCCGCACACCAAAGACUUCCUGGAGAAUAUUUCCAAGUAUUACGAGCUCCACAUCAGUACCUUUGGGGUUAGAGAAUAUGCGCAUUAUAUAGCACACUUUCUUGACCCAGACCGCAAACUCUUUGGUCAGCGUAUCCUCUCCAGAAAUGAAUGUUUGAACCUCAUGUCCAAGAAAGCCAACCUGGACUCCCUGUUUCCUUGUGGAGACAAUAUGGUUUGCAUCAUUGACGACCGGACAGACGUGUGGAACUUCUCCCCUAAUGUGGUACAGGUGGCGCCUUACCACUUCUUCCGGCACACGGGUGACAUCAAUGCUCCCGUGGGUCUGCAGAAAAAGGAGCGAGAUGACCGUCAUGGCAUUGACUUCAAAAACCUCAAGAAGGAAAUUAUCAGACCUGUCGUAUCCUCUGAGAAUCAGGAUGAAGAACAAAAGAAGGACAGUAGCUCCAAUGCUGAUGUUGACAGUACCCAGUCCUCUCAACAAGCAGCUGACUCUGCCGAACGUCAGGAGGCAAGGGAAGUCACUGCUGAUGGGGAAAGAGGACUGCUGUCUGAUACAAAGUCUAAUGAAGAUUCAGGUAACUACAGUGGGUCAGAUGAAAGUUGGGAAUCCUCCCCAGAAGCCCAUGAAUCCAGCCCAGAUGGCCAGGAGUCCAGUUCAGGGGUUGAAGAAGUGCAGGCUGAGGCCAAGUCCAGUUCAGAAGACCAGAAAUCUCAUUCAAAGACUCUAGAAUCUAAUGUAGAAAAGAACAUUGAUUCACAGGUUCAAGAAAAUUGUUCAGAGAAACAAAAAUCUCAGAAAUCUACUCAAAGUAAAGGUGAGGCAUUAGAGGGAGACUCAGAAUCUUUAAGUCAAGAAGCUAAGUCUGCACCCCAAGAAUCUUCCCCAGAGACUGAACAACCUACUACACAAGAGGAAAAACUUGUCACUGAAACUCAAGAAACCUGUGAUAAGGCUGAGGAGGUUGAAUGUAAAAGUGAAAGUGAAAAAGCUAAAGAAGGUUCCGAGAAUAAAGAAGAUGAAACAGUUGAGUCCAAGCAGGAUGAAAAGCCACAAUCUAAAGAGCCCAAUGACCAGCCACCACAACCCGAGUCUCAGGUCAUACCCCAGCAACAGGUCUUUGAUGUGGUUGACGAUGAUGAUUACCUUCUCUAUCUCGAGGACAUUCUCAAGAAGAUACACCAGAUGUUCUUCAAGGAGUAUGAGGCAGGUCUGGAAAAGCAGGAGGACCAAAAACUCACCAAGAAGCAGCCAGGACAGAAGGGAGUUGCGUUAAGUGAGAAACCGCUACCAGACCUCAAGAAGAUAGUUCCUGGUGUGAAGAGGGAUGUGCUGCAAGGUGUCAACAUUGUGUUCUCUGGGGUUGUACCACAGCAGGUUAAGCUGAAGGACUCAAAGGCUUUCCUCAUUGCUACCAGCUUUGGGGCCACAGUGAGUGAAAAGUUAGUUGUACGAGGGGAAGCAGGACCCCCCACCACUCACCUGGUGGCCGCAAACAGACACACCGAAAAGGUCAACUCUGCUAGGAAAGUAAAGUCCAUCAAGAUUGUGACGCCUAACUGGCUGUGGAAGUGUGCCGAGCGCUGGGAAAGAGUUGAGGAGCGCCUUUUCCCCCUCACCAAGGAGACUGAGAAGAAAGUACAGCGGGUCCCUCCCCUUCACUGUUCAAACCCCGACAUGCCGUGGCUCAGACCUAAUGAUAUGCCUGAUCUAGAGGUGCCCCAGAGGAUGAGAACGCCCAGUGGCAGCCUCCUGCAAGACAUCAAUCCUCUCAUAUAUCUGAGUCCAGAUGAUAAGAACAACAUGGAAGAUGAAGUGGAGAAAAUUCUUAGUGAUGACAAUGACUCAGAUGGUGAUCCUGAGUCUGAGGCAUCUGAGGAUAACUCUUCCUCUAAUGACAUGGAAGAAGGGGGUGAUGAUGAUGAAGAGGAUGACGAAGAUGACGACGACGAUGAUGGGGAGCCGAAGAUGAAGAAACAUAAGUCGAGUUCCGUGGGAGAUGAAGAUGAGGAUGAGUUGCCAAGCGUGACGUUCAGACAAGGUGGCCAACUACCCAGUGACGACAGCAACUCAGAGGACGAUGAUGAUGAUGAGGGAGACCUGAGGAGGAUGGGGGCUGAUCUUGAGAGUCUCCUUAACUAAUGUUCCCGCAUCCUCCUCCUACCAAGGCUUGUUUUCCUCUAAUCUUUCUUACUGUUCUAAUACACUCCCAUCCACCUGCUCCACCAUCUGUUUCUUCUCCCUCCCUUUGCCUCUUUCCCAGUUAGUACAAAUGUAAAUAUCGCUUUUAAAGUUAAAGAAUAGAAGAGGUACAGACAGUGUCGUAUGUAAAAAUAGGAAGAAAUUUAAGAUUGUAAAAACAAUGUACAAAAUGUUGUUAGGAAGUGCUGUCACCCAUCUGUCUUUUAAUUAACUGCUGCUAAAUUUGUCUUUCCAUUUGAAGUGAUGCCAUUAUGAAAUUGAUGCUUACACCCUUCGUUUGUAACUCGAGUAUUUUUAUAAUGCGUGAAAGACCUCUGUUUUCUCGUGUAAAUAUCUGUGUUCUGGUCAUCUGGGCUGUGGUAAAUUUGUAACGAUAAGCUGUGAAAGUUGAGCAUUUUAUUUUUAAAGGGGAAGUUAAUUACUGGCAAACCACUUUCUGCUGAGGUGGAGGGUAAAAAAAGCCAUGUGACCAUUUUAAUGAGUGUUCUUAGCAUAUAUAAUUAAGUGGAUACCCUCUCCCUAGCAUCAACUUCCUGUACCAGAGGAGCUGUGCCCCUCUUUGCCACCAUUCAUGGUGUGCAGUGGAAUAAUGAGAUGUGUAUUUGUAAUGGUCAUGUCUCUCUGAUAUAAUGUAGGAUAAGAUAAUGUAGAAAUUCCCAUUUUGAGUUACUUGCAAGAUAAGCUGGAUAUGAUUUCUAAAGAGAAACUGUGACAACAUUGACACAAUUCAUUUAAAAUUUAGUACUUUAUAUUGCUUUUCAUUGCCAGCCUUCAGAGUUACUAAAUGAAGGGAAAUACUCGGUGCCAACAAUUGAGCAAGGUGCAACAGCUGUGUUCCAAGUUGUAACAUGUUAACAACGAGCAUUUUUAUGACAUCCAAAUAGAGCAGAAAAAUCACUAACCUCCUCAGUUACAUGACAUUGGAAUUUGGGAGCAAUUGCAUGUUGUUAAUUAGGGAAAUUGUUUUGGUUUGUAAUCUUAAAAAAAAUGGAAGUACAAAUAGGCAGAAAAAAAUUGUUACCAUGAAGCACUCAUGGGAAAUAGUUUAUUUAAGUUUAUGUGCUCUCGUCGGAUACAUAGAUGUUUUGUAAAAAGUAAGUGUUUGUUAGUUUUAGCAAAUAAUGAAUUCUAAAGACAAUUGUUUUUGAGGAUUUAAUGUAGCUUCUUAAAAAAAGACUCCUUAAAUCUACUUAUCCUCUGAGGUACAGAAGUACAAAUUCCAUUAACCUCUUCAUCUAUUACCAUGUGGCAUGUGCUGCUAUAUUUACAUGAAAUUUAUAAAGUAAAAACAUCAAGUUGGGUUUUCAUAUUUUUAACUAUUGAUAGAUUUUAUGGUUUUGAACCAAUUACAGCAUGGAGAUAUCAUCAUGCUAAGAAGAAGGAGCACAUCUUUGUAAGCACUUGUUGGGGGAUCCUUCAGAGCUGCAGGGUUUUCUGGAGUGCAAAGGUCUUAUCAUCUGAUCAUGGGAUUGAUGUUGCAACGCUGAAGCAUCAUGUCAGGUCAAGAAGAAUCUAAAGAGUAGCCACAAUAGUAGUGUGUUAUCUUGAGAGACUGAAAGACUUGUCUUGUGCCUAUGAGUAUACUGUGACACUUUCAAGUUUCAAAUCAGUUCAAUGUGCUCAGCACCCUUGAAGACCCUGUAGAAUUGUGGGAUAUCUAAAAAUGUGAAACUCUUUGUUGCACAUGAAUAUAUAUAUAUAUAUAUAUAUAUAU